AGCCACUAAACUUGCGCUCUCUCUCUCUCUCUCCUAAACAAACAAAUAUCUAACAUCACAACAUACAGAGAAUCUAACCUGAACUAACACUAUUUUUUAAUCUUCUAUCACAAGCUUAAACAACAAUUAGUUCGAAAUGGCUUGUCCUAUUCUGCUUUCUCUUAUCUUCUCAAACAAGUUCUUGAUCACAAGUUACUCAACCAUAUUCUCUCUGCACUAAAAGAAAUUGAACACGGUUCACUGCAAGAAAAGCCGCUAUUUUGUUGUAGUGGUUAUAUUCGAGUGCUUAUAAGUUAAGUACCAUGUCAGAUGAAUCGCUGAGAUCGCUCUCACUUGAUUACCUAAAUCUUCUAAUAAACGGGCAAGCUUUUAGUGAUGUAACGUUUAGUGUCGAGGGUCGUCUGGUACACGCUCACCGCGGCAUCUUAGCAGCUAGGAGUCUGUUUUUCAGAAAAUUCUUCUCUGAGGCAGCCGAUGGCGGUGGUUCCAGUAGGAUAAGCGGGGGAGGAGGCGCUUUAGCCUCAUCGCCGCGUGGGGGUCCUGGUCCUCAGCACGUGAUACCGGUGAAUUCAGUCGGGUACGAGGUGUUCUUGUUGAUGUUGCAGUUUUUGUAUAGUGGACAAGUCUCGGUUGUGCCACAGAAACAUGAGCCGAGGCCUAGUUGUGGGGAGAGGAGCUGCUGGCAUACGCAUUGCACUGCUGCCGUUGAUCUUGCUCUCGAUAUUCUUGCUGCGGCUAGAUCUUUCGGGGUCGAACAGCUCGCUUCGAUUUCUCAGAAGCAAUUGGAGAGUAUUGUGGAGAAGGCCUCCAUUGAAGAUGUAAUGAAGGUUCUAAUAGCCUCAAGAAAGCAAGAGAUGCACCAACUAUGGAAUAGCUGUUCCCAUUUAGUUGCCAAAUCCGGCCUUCCCCAUGAAAUCCUAGCUAAGCACCUCCCCGUGGAUGUCGUCGCCAGAAUCGAGGAGCUUCGCCUUAAAUCAGCACUCAUUCACCGCUCCAUUGCGCCCCAUCACCAUGCCAACCCUUCAUCCAACUUCGAGGACCAAAAAAUCCGCCGAAUGAGACGAGCCCUCGAUUCCUCUGACGUGGAACUCGUCAAACUCAUGGUCAUGGGCGAAGGGCUCAAUUUAGACGAAGCACUCGCACUGCAUUAUGCAGUCGAGAAUUGCAGCCGAGAAGUCGUCAAGGCCUUGCUCGAACUAGGCGCCGCAGAUGUCAACUACCCUGCAGGCCAAGCCCGUAAAACGCCUCUCCACAUUGCAGCCGAGAUGGUGUCUCCGGACAUGGUGGCUGUGCUUCUCGAUCACCACGCGGACCCCAACGUUCAAAUGGCCGAAGGGAUCACUCCUCUCGACGUCCUACGAACCCUAACAUCAGAUUUUUUGUUCAAAGGGGCAGGCCCGGGGCUAACGCAUAUCGAGCCUAACAAGCUUAGGCUUUGUCUUGAGCUUGUACAAUCCGCGGCUCUUGUGAUUUCACGAGAGGAAGGAGGCGGAGGCAGUGGAGGGAGUUCUGGUGGCAAUUUGAAUGUUGAUUCGAGAAUGGUGUAUCUUAAUCUCGGGGCCGCAGCUGGUUCAGGACAUAUGAAUGAUCAGGAAGAGAAUCAAAACAACCAAAGAGAUCCUUGUAUGUACCACCGUUCUCAUCAUCAUGAGUUCUAACAAGUAAUUACUCGCUACAAUUCUGCGCCCACAUUAUCUAUAUUUUGUUAUUAA